CUUCGACGGAAGCGGCAGAAACGAUGGCGGCGGAGAGGUUGUUCUGCGCUUUGGGGCGGUGGGGCCUCCGUGAUGUUAGCCAGGGUGAGUGCCGCGGCUUCGGGCGGGGUUGGGAUAGCGACCUCGAGUCCUUCAUUGGUUGUGGAAGAGCGGCAGGACUCCUGGGUCCUUUCUGUAUACAGUAAACAUAUAUAAGGGACCCAUCAAACCUCGCUCUCCAACACGGUUUAACUUUUUAACGCCGGCAGAAAACCUUUCUACUCUGCCGGGCCUAUGCAGCCAAUUAAGAGCACAUAUUCUACAAUGGUUAAUUGAUACCCAUUGUUAACUUGUUUUAUGUGGUUUUUACUCUGGUUUCAUGUAUUUUUGUAAGCUGCUUGGACUCUUUUUUAAUGGUUUCUUUUAAAUAAUAUAUACAUACAAAGGGUGAGAGGCAGGACUUCUGGGUCCUUUUUAUAUGCACAGACACACACAUAUGUGCACUGUGGCAGAGGGGGAGAAUCUGCUGUCGAACUCUCCGUCCCAACCUUGGAUUCCAGUAGAAAUUAGGCAUAGCUGUCUCCUAGCCGCGCAGCCUGCCAGCUUCUAGUGCACAUAACUCAACUUUCAACUCUGGCUUUUGUCUUUCUAGCUACCUGUGAGUUGAUGGAGGGCCACCCACCCAUUUGGUGUCUGGGACGGUUUUGUUGAAUGGUCACUUUAAAAUGUGAAGGUUCAUUAUUGUUUCACAAGUUGUGUAUGUCUUUAAGGGCCAGGGCCAGGGCCAGGGCAAAUAACGAGACCCAGUCUUACAGCUGUGAAACAUAGCAGGUGCUGCUGAGUUGUGUUAAUCAAGCUGUGUCAGCAAUUGAGUGUAGUAGAUAAGGGGCAGCACCUAGCUCUCCCAUUACCCUGGCGGGUGGGUUGGUAGUUGGGUCAUGUUUGUUGUUGUUAUCUUUAGUGUAAAAGGAGUUUUUGUUUUGUUAUUAAAACCUUGUUAAAGUUCCUUGUAUUGCAUGGUCUCCCCAGCAAGCUCUCUGCAGCGCUACUAAACUGCAAUUAGCCAACAGGUUUACCAUACCCAUUGAGUCAAUCACCUGUCCUGAGAAAAACCCCACCCCACCUUCCCACUAUAUACUGUAUAAGGGUCUGAUGACUUCUGUUUCAGUGUAUCUGAAGAAGUGUGCAUGCACACGAAAGCUUAUACCAAGAACAAACUUAGUUGGUCUCUAAGGUGCUACUGGACUCUAUCUAUCAAUAUAUCAACUGCCUCAGACCAACACUGCUACCUACCUGAGCCUCUUCCUUUGUUACCUUAAUGGCCCAUACUUAAAGCUAGCCUUGCUGUUUCAGGAAUUGAAUCUGUGCUGCAUCCAGGAAUUGGAAGGGGCCUUGUGCAUACAACCUACCCCCACCAAAAUCACAUCAUUGGUGUGUGUGUGUGUGUGUGCACGCAAAAAUGUAUUCAUAUACUGAGGGAGUUUUGUGUGUGUUUGUAUCUUCAGUAACUUGCCCUGAGACCUUAGGAUGAAGGGUGGGUAAUAAAUCAUGAUGGUGGUGAUGAUAAUAAUUCAAACCUUCACAGACAAUUAGUGACAGUUAUACAUAAACCACCACCAAUCCUGGAUCUCCCUCAAAAGGUUUAAGAAUUGAUGCAUAUUUGAUCUUUACUGGUAAAAUGCAACAUCACACCUUCACUGAAUGUACACUUUAUCAAGAUUUAGAUGAGUAUAACAAUUACAUACAGAUACUGGUGUCACUGACAGUGUCCAUUUGUAUAAAAUGCUUGGAACCAUUAACCAUGUAAAAAACUCUUUAUUAGAGUGCAAUUAGAUAUUGAUGCACAGCUACUAAAGCAGUAUAUAUUAUUUCUGAAAAUGCAGAGGCAUACAGAAGAGGUUUUAGUGAUCAGCAGUGGAAAGUACCCUAUCAUAUGGCAUGCAAACUCAUUCCUGGAUGAAGGAGUAGCAGGUCAAAGUCCCAAGACAAAGGAUAUUUUAGGUUACAGUACAUGUAAUUCUAGUUCAGUUGCCAUUUCUAUCAGGCCCUCUGAACACUGCCUGCAAAUCCAGCAGUAAAUAGAAAUGUUGUCAUUCUAAGUGGUCAUUAGAAGAGCUAUUAUUUGUUUGUUUCCUCCUUUUCCCUCCCUAUCCCUUUUUCCUUUUGUGUCAUCUCUUUUUGAUUGUAAGUCUGUGGGCAGGAACUGUCUUGUUUUGAUUGCAUGUAAGCCACUGAGAAUACAGUUGCCUGAAGACAAAGAAAAAAUCCUCUAAAUUUCUUUAAAAAUAGUCUUGUGUGAUUACUGCUAAGUAUAAAAUGGGAAUUCCAAAUAAAGCAAGAAAGCAAGUAUGUUGUUCAAAUCUAGACAAUAAUUGUUGGCUUCUACAGUGUAGCUUUCGAGGGGCCACUAGGGGCGCAUCGGAAGAUGGCUGACAAUAACAUCUCUCCGACCCACAGGGGGUAAUUAGGAGGCUGUGAUGGGAGUAAAUAGCCUCCCUACCCCCCCAAGAUUGUGGGGGGGGGGGGGCUGCCCUUGCCUGCUGUGCCCUAUACCACCCCCGAAUUUGUAGGGAUGGGGGCACUAGGCAGAAUGCCCUCCUGUGGAUCUCGGUGCUCCUGGACGCUGUCUCUGAUCCGUGCUGCUAGCUGCAAGAACUUCAAAAGGAACAAUUAUGAAGAAGCGAAUGCACAUAUUUCAAGGAAGGAGGGGGAGUAAAGACUGCUAACUGAAGAGUUCUCUGUUAAACAAGACGAGUCGGAGGAACAAGAAUCAAUCAUGAGAAGAUAUGCCAAGACUCGGUAUGGCAAAGGGACUGGAUAGGGGAGGGGGAAAAAACUUGCCUUUCUUUCCUCUAUGUGAUUAAACAAGAAUCCCCCCCCCCUCACAAGUCAGAAAUGCCGUUUUAAUGACUUAAGCUGUGGAUUUACGACUGUGUGGAGAUAAAUUUUCUAACCAAAGCAUGUUUUAAGAAGAACGUGGAAGGUUUAAGAGCUCUGGAAUGAUGCAGUUAAAAAUACCAUCACCAUAUUGGCAAGCUCUGUUGGAGGACUUGAGUCUGGGAGGAGGAAUAGAGCUGUUUUUAUAUUGUGGGUGAGACUCCUCAGUGGGACUUAAGAACGACAGAUCCUGAGAUUAAUGAUGGGAAGAGCGAUGUUAUUUAUGAAAGUGAUGAUAUAUGGAAGCCAUCUCGAUAUGAGGAUUGGACGAACAGAAAAAUCCACACAGGAUAUAAUUGGUGUUUUUCUGCUUAAGGAGAUUAUCAGAAGAGAUCUUAAAGAAAAAAGAAAAAAUAUACGAACAAGAUGAGAUGUGGAAACAGCAAGAUAUGAACGCAGUAGCAAGAAGAUGAUCAGAAUCCCCCUUCGGAUCUUGAAAUAUGGGUCCCCUCAACAAAAAUUUAAAAUUCGGAAUUUGUGAUGUGAUUUGAUUUGAUUGGUCGGUUAAUAAAAAUUAUUUUAAAAAAAAUACAGUGUAGCUUUCAUUAAAUCUCAAAGGGGGGAAAAUUUUAACGCUCCCUAGACAAUCUAUUCCAUAACAGAAGCUUGGAAUUGUCUGUGCUCUGUUAACAGCAAGAGUCUGUGAACUGCAGAACUCGACCUCUACUCUGAUUAAGGAAUUUUUGGUGUGAUUUGACCUGUUUCAAUUGCAGUGGAGUGUUGAUGAGUCAUUGUGUUUCCCUGCAGAUGUCUUGACAACCACCCAACAAGCAUAAGGACCUCAUUUCUGUUUCUGUAAAUCAAAAAACCCUGAUCUUGUCAGGGACUUUUGGAUCCUCUGUAGGCUCACAGUUCUCACCGUGAAACAAUAAUCAGUGCAAUUAGGUGAUGCUAAUAUGGCAAAUAGCUCUCAAAGGAGCAAUCCUUGCUCUAUUGAAGCCAUCACUGAAUGAAAUGCAAGUUGAGCUAUGUCCUGUAAUUACAAACUACAAUAUUUUAACAUUUGGGGUGGAAGCAUCACAUAGGGUGCCAAGUUAUUCACUCUUUUAAAUGCAGGUGGCUUCCAACAGGCCCUAAAAUAUUGAAGGGAAACUGAACCGAACCUGGCCAUUGGCUCCUAUCCUUGUAAUAAGGAUGUUGAAUGACUUGGAAUCUUAAAAAGCGUGAGGAUUAUUGUGCCCCAGCACUGGCAAUUUUUUUAAUGAAACAUGUUUCGAUGUUUGCUCUGGAACUGCAGAAGCUGAUAUGCCAUAAUUAGUUUUAAUAAAAGGUUCUAAUUUAUGCUUCAACCCCCUGUUCACCACCUCAAAUAAAAAGAUAAUGACAUAGUAAUGCCUGAUGUUUUAUUCCUGAACCUCCCAGCAGGUCAGUUGUUUGGGGUUUUCUUCCUCAGAAGGGAAAUUAUUUAAAAAACUUAUUUCUUGAUGCCUUGCAUUGUGACUAUAAAAAAAUGCAUCGUGUGAAUUAAUAUAGGGUAUUAUUUUCUAUUUCAUUCUCCACCCUUUUGCCCAUUCUAAUCCUUUGUUUUUCUCUUUGUGUACCAGUAUGUUUGAUGUUUGUCUUUUGUCUCCAUUUUAUAAUUAAUAGUGUCUUUAAAAAAAAUCUAAAUCUUCAGGAGGUUGUCAUAUUUUAUGCCUGUGUUCAGCUGUGUUAGAGUUUGCAUGCUGUUUUGGGCUAUCUGCCUUGCUUAGUUUUACACUGUUCAAGCUGUCAGGUCUUCCCCCAAAGCUUCAUUGGAUUCUAGUGAAGUAAUGUGAUUCCAUUUUAUUACCGUAUGUUGUAAGAUGGUCACUGCAUUUUGUAACUGAGGGAAAGCUUUCUGGUCUGAAAACAUCUUUAUACAUUCUAAUAAACCUUUUUCCUCCCCAGCCUGGGUUGACACAACCUGGGAGCUAGAUUUCACAGAGACUGAGCCUUUGGAUUCUGAACUAGAGGCUGUGAUAACGGGCAAUGGUUUGGAUGCCUUUUCCCAACUCUACAUGGCUCUCUACCCCUUCGCUGCAGAUGACCACGAAACCACAGAAGUAAGAAGCAUGUUUGUGAUGUUAGCAAAGAUUGGCUUGUUUUGUUCUAAUUCAUUGGUGGAGAUUUUAAUCCAGCAUUUCCCAAUUUUGUGCCCUUCAGAUGUUUUGGAUUGCAACUCCCAACUGCCCCAGUCAGCAUGGCCCGAUUGUCAGGAAUGAUGGAAAUUGUAGUCCAAAGUGUUUGGUGGGCACCAGGUUGGGGAUAGGUUUGCAAAAGACUGGCAGUUAGAGCUCUGGCAGGAUACAUAACAGUUCUUGCCUCCCUGAAGCCUGUUGUUUGACCAUGUACAGCCUGAUCCUUAUUCAGAGUUGAGCUACACCUAAGCCCUUGGGAACCAGCAGAGUUAAACCAGCACUCCUAAUUAUAUAGAAUUGCAACCUUCAAGCAUUCCUAAUUGCACAGAAUCCCAGCCUUCCAUGUGAUCGUCAUCUGUAACAUGCCCUAUGUAAUCCCCAAGGAUUAUAGCCAUUCCAUCAGGUGUGGGAGAGAGAUUUUGCAGGACUUCAACUCCCAUCAGCCCUAACUAGAUUGCCAAUGGUGAGUGAUGAUGAUGGGAGUUGUAGUCCAUCAACAUUUGGAGGGCCACGGGCUCCUCGCCUGGUAUAGGUGGUGAUUAUUUCAAGCCAGUGUUUUUUAACCAAUUUCUGAGGAACUCUGGAAAUCUUAGGAAACUUAAUGGGUUUCCUUGAUGAGAAGACUAAUGACUGGGAUUAUCUGAGAUGGAGCCUGCAAACCACUGCCACUAUGGUUGCUCUUUGGGAAUGUGCAGACACAGACAAGUAUUGGGAGUUUUCUAGGACAUGCUCUCAAGUGUCAUGGCACGAUAAUGAGGCCUGAUGGGCCUAGCCAGUGAGCUCAGCAUGCACUGUCAUGUCCCAGAAUCUUCUGUGGCAUGCAGGAGUUCCUCAGUAGGCCAGGAAAUGUGGAAAACCUUCCUUGAAGGUCAAAAGCAUGGCAACCCCUGCUCUGAACCAAUUGUGCAGCUGGGAAAGUUGAACCAGUAACGCUUUCUCCCUUGAAACUCAGAACAUGCAGUGGGCUCCCAUGUGGAUAUUUGAUGUCGUGAUAUGGCAGGUGUUGUGUUUCUUCUUGUCAUAUUUUUUUCCUUUUGUUUCAGAGUGCCUGGACCCUGUUUGUGGAGAACAAUAUCUGCCACAAUGCCUUUGUCGCUGUUUUGUAUCACUUUGUCCAAGAGGCCCAGAGUAAAAACGCCAAUUUUCAUCAGCGGUUGUAUGCUCUUCAUGCUGCUGGAUUAUACUUCUUAUUGGUUGAAAUUCCAGGUAAGCAGGAGAGAUGCUUGGAUAACACUUUUGCCAGUCCUUUGCACAGUCGCCCUGCAUGUUUGUAACUGGAUAUAAGCUUGAUGGGUAUCAAUGAGGCUAUGCUAAAUCAGGCCAGUAAAUAAGCAAUCUCCUGGCUGCCUGUGGUGACAGAGAAUUAAUUCCAGGCAAUCAGAUUUUCCACCCUUAAUGGACCAAAGACAAUUGAGCUGGGUAUACAUGGGGCAAGUAGGCCAUCAAAAUAAAAAUAAAAUUGUUGGUUAGUAAUAGUUGUGAAGUUACUUGCAAGGCUGUCAUAAGCUGUCAAAAAUAGUUAAAAUGGCAGAGUGGAGGACAGGCUCUGUGUUUAUUGGUUUAGCUGCAGUGCUGGGAGUGACUCAUGAAGGAGAUCACUGCUGUCUUGAAGGAAGUGAUGGUGUCAGCUGGCCAAGGCACCAAUGAUGGAAGGACUUGGAGUGUAGGGAGGAGGCCGGCCAGUGAAGCCGGGGAUGAAGGUGCAAACGUUGCUUAUAACCAAAGUCCAAUAAGUUCGCGAACAAAUGAAGAUUUGAAAUGGAUGCUUCCCACUGAGGGUUUUAAUCUGGGCCUGCCCCACUUUAGGCAGUGUGAGGGGGUCUGUCUUAACUCAGAGCUUUGGGGAUCCUGCUAAAAGACAGCAAGUCAUCCAUUUUGUUUUCAUUAUUAUCAUUUAUUAACUUUAUAUCCCACCCUUCCUUCCAAGGGAGCCUAGGGUAGCAAGCACACAAGCGAUAAAACACCUAGAAGCAAUUCCAAUGCAGAUACAGACCUGGAAAAAUCUCUACUUAAAAGGCUUCUUGAAAGAGGAAUGUAUUCAGUGACUACUGAAAAGACAGCAGAGAUGGUGUCUAUCUAAUAUUUAGUGGGGUGGUGGGGAUUAGUAUACUUUCAUUCAUAGGGUAGGGUCAUAUUUGGAUUUUCUGCUUCUGAUAAGUUAGCCAACAUGCUGUGUUAGAGCUGCAAAAUGCUCCUUCCCCUUUUUGCCUUGCUUAGCUCUAUGCUGCUUAUGGUGAUGGUUGAUGUGCCGGUAUAGAAAUGCUGUUUCCUUAAAGUGCAGGCUUUUUGUCCACCUUUCCUUUUUGGACAGGUAGCAUAGUUAACCGGGUGUUCCAUCCAGUGAUGUUUGAAAAAUGCCUCCAGACUCUGUCUAAAUGCUGGCCCCAUGACUCAGACAUGUCCAGGAAAAGGAAAAAAGACCAUCUUAAAAGCUGUAAGGGUGAUCGGAAGAAGAGGGGAAAGCCACUGAGGGAGGAAAACACAAUGGUAAGAAGAAAAUUACCCAUGCGUUACCGAAAUUCUAUAAAAAAAACCUUCCCACCUCCAAGGAGAAGUGAUUCAUCUAGCCAGAGGUAGCCAUUCUGUAUUGUUGAACGUUACUCCAAGCUCCAGAGACAAGUCUGAAAGUGUGAAGUGUGUCUUUCUACACAAACAGGCACCCUUGUUGACUGUCAGCAACUGUAAUAAAAUGGUCACCACACAUCAGUUAAGGCUUCACCAUUAUAGCAAACACAAAUGCACACAAAAACUCAGAGAAAAGUAAUGCUCGAAUGUGCGAUCCCUCAUUUUCUACAACUUUUGGAAGCCAGUUUUCCUUCUGGUUUGAAUGGUGAGCAGACUCUUUAUGUUGCUUUAAAAUUUGGUAGCUUGCUAGAGCAGGCAUGGCCAACUGGUAUAAAAUGUAUUGAUGCCAGUUGUCUAAAUGUGCAAGCCUUUUCAGCUAAGCAUGUCUUCUAUGGAAGGAAUCUUACGGUUCCCUAGAUGAUUUGCUCCCAAACGUGCUACAGAUCUUUGGGUGGCUUACAGGUACAUUUGUCUCCUUCACCUCUCGGGCGUCUGGUUUUUUUGCUCUGCUUAGUGGUCAGUCCUUUUGGUGUGUGUUCAAAUUUGAUGUGGGCCAGUUCAGAUUUAUUGGGAGUGGACUUGCAGGCUGCCAGUGGAGCAUCCUUGCUCUUUCAAAUCCUUGUCCCAUUUCUUGCCAUUCUAGGUAGAUGAGAACUUUGAAGAAGACGACGACGACCAGGAAGAAGAGAUUUACUUUUCUGCACAGGAGCUGCUUCAGAUCCGGGAGGCCCUCUUCCUUCUCUUGAAGAACCUCCUGAGGCUUCUCUCUAAGUUUUCCCUGAAAGAGAGGUCACAGUGUGUGCAGACGUGUGUUCAGGUGACUGGAACUGUUGGGAUCAAAACAACGUUGUGUAGAAUCUGCCUUCUCUACCCUGGUGCCCCACAGAUGUUUUGGACUACAACUCCCAGAACAUAUGGCGAGCACCAAGUUUGGUUAGCCAGAUACAGAUCCGUCUGCUGCAAGGUGUUAGUUGCUAGCUUGGCUGGCUUUUCAAAAAGAUUAAUCAGAUUUGCAGAGGAUAAAUCUAUUGGUUUAAUACAUUCUUAUACCAUCUUUUCCCCCAAGAAGGCCCCCGGUUUCAGAGGCUCAACAAAUGGCUACCAAGUCUCAAGGUGGUGUACAUUGUUCUGCCCUCUCCAUCUUAUCAUUAAAAGAACCCUGUGAGGUAGUUUAACCUGAUCAACUGGCUUGCCCAAGGUGACCCAGUGAGCUUCAUAUCUAGUGGGGAUUUGAACUGUGGUUUCCCAGGUUAUAGUCCAGCACUCUAACCACUACUGUACACCACACUGGAUUUCCAACUACACCCCUUUUGGCAAUAAUGUCUAUAUGAAACCUCUGUGUUCAGAGCCUCUAUCCCUCUAAAAAGCAGGUGCCAGGGACAGAAAUCAAGAGGAGGAUACUGGCUUUCAUACCAUGCUUUCGGAGCUUCCCAGAGGCAUCUUCUGGCCAGUUUUUCAGGGUGUCAUCUCAAAUAUUUAUAGUUACAAUGUAAGUGAUACAUGGGGUUCUGAGCAAUCGCCUGGCCUUCCAUGAUCCUCUGUUAGAAUGAUUUGUGGUUAUUUGCUCACUAUGCUCUGGAUCCUGCAGCUGGUGCACUUUUAAAUUAUGGGACACAUGGAGCAUGCAAAAGCAUUGGAAGGCCAGGAUAUUAUUUGUGGGCCUCAUGUUCCAUGUUUUAUGUCUGUGCCUGUUAAGUCUGUAUUCCCUUGCCCUGCAACAGUCGGCCAUUGCCCAUUUUUUAAUAUGAAUUCCAGCCUCCUAUUGGCUCCAGUGGAUUGAAUAGGCUUACCCUUGGGUCGCAAGGCAGCUUAAUCAAGACUAUUCUCCCUACCACUUGAUUUAACUCUUGGCUUUGACUUCUCUUGUAGAUCUUUGUUAUGCUGAUGAGUUUCGAGCCCUGCGUGCAUGGAUUUGAGCCUUCAGAGAGGAUGUGAGUUAUUUCUGUUAAGUCUUAAUAUCAUACAGUGGUACCUCGGGUUACAUACGCUUCAGGUUACAUACGCUUCAGGUUACAGACUCCGCUAACCCAGAAAUAUUACCUCGAGUUAAGAACUUUGCUUCAGGAUGAGAACAGAAAUCGUGCAGCGGCGGUGCAGCAGCAAGAGGAGGAGGCCCCAUUAGCUGAAGUGGUGCUUCAGGUUAAGAACAGUUUCAGGUUAAGAACAGACCUCCAGAACAAAUUAAGUACUUAACCCAAGGUACCACUGUACUUUAAAGAAUGUGAGGGGAUCUUUUAAAUAUUAAACUCUCCCCCACCCCAGCCACAGUUAAGCCACAUGUUAUUUCUUAUUUGUGAUCAAGAAUUGGGGAAUUGUAAUUACAAGUGUUUGGUUUAGGACUUUUUAGCCUGCACAUAAAAUGGAUCCAGCAGUGAGCUUUAAAUGUUUGUUUUUUGGUGUGUGUUUUUGGUAUAGGACUAUCAGCCAAGCCAAGUAUGUCCCAGAACUUGCCUGCUUUGGCUUACGGCUGUUGUGCUCUCCACUUCACGGUGUAGAAGAUAAGGUAAAAAUGACUUACAUGCAUGUUGAUGUGUCUCCUCUCUGUCUAUAAUUCUUAGCAUGUGCAAAGGCUCCCGUUAGUCAAAGCCCACAUUAGAACUUUGUCUUUAUAGGCUAACCAAAAUAUUUCAAAAUGAUGUGCAAGCUUAUGGGUUUUUCGGCAGUCUUCAUCAAGCUAGAAUGGCAAACCACCUUGUGCAUCAGAUAUUUAGGGGCCUUUUUAAAGGGACUUGUAAAAAACCGGUAGACAGGACUAUGCAAAAUCCAGCAGAGAUUCAUAGAGGUUUGGUUCUCCCAAUCCCCCACUUUCCUGUUCUGGAUGCUUCCCACCCCUUCCGAGGCUCAGUGCUUUCUCUACAGUGCUGUGGCAACCAGGGGUCCACAUAUGGCCAUUUUUCUUUCUUGAAACCAACUGAUCUGAGUCAGUGAGCCUUGCUUCGCUUCUGGAGAGAGACAUUAAUUUAUUCUCAUUUAUAAAGACAAACCAAUGGGACCUGCAGCAGAAUGUGUGCCCUCUUUGGUUUGGCUGCUAGAGGGAGCUUUAACACUGCUGUAUAAAACUGACGUGUGCCGUUUUACCACAAAGUAGGGCAGAGCGAGUUUUGCGGAGGCAUUUUCACACCAUUUUGUACUGAGCUAAGACAAAUUUUCUGCGGGCUCUAUACACUCGCUUCCUCAAAAGGCUUUGCUCCUUGUGUUUUUCUUUAAUGGAGGACUUCUGCACAACACAUUCUUUCCAUAGUUUUUUAAAAAAUUAUUAUUUACUUGAGAGUGCUGCUUGCUCAACUAAGGCGCAGUGCAUUAAAAGGGAGCUCACGUAAAUAAAUGUGAUGCACACUUCUCAUUCAUCUGGCCAGGUAAGAAGAGUAGGAGGUGUGGUGUAGAAGCUUUAAUUUGCCAUACAGGGCAUGCUAAUAAUAGAGUAUGUAGUCUGCCUUCUAUUGCAAUCAGCAGCAACACUUCGAUCAAAGGUAGACUUUCCAUUUUUCCACUCCUGUGUGCAUAACAGGGUGUUGGGGAAUAAUUAUUUUAGCAAUCCAAUAUUAACUGGACCUAUGCUAAAAGCCUACUGAAGUUCCCUCACCAGAGGAAUAAGGUAGUGUGUGAGAGAGAGACUGGCUCUAGUUUCUUCACAUAAAGAUGCACAUGCUGUAAAAGGGGAGUAGUGGUGUUAGGUGCGGGGAAACUGAUGACAUGGAUAACUCUUCCUGGCACCCACCCACUCACUCACCUGCCUCUUGUUGCUUUUCUAGGUUCUUCGCCUUGUGUUCCACCGUCUGCUCGCUGUCAUCCUCAUGCAGCCAGAGAGAGGUGCCUCCAGUGGCUCAUCAGCCACUAUUCCAUCUCAGGCUGUUGGCGCUAGGAACCUAGCCAUUGGAUUCAUCAGGUGAAGCUCAAAGUGGCUGUCGCUUGGUGUUUGUGCUUGUGCAUCUAAGCAGGACAGCAUUAAACCAUCCUUAACUGUCAACUCUUUGUGGGUGGCUUUAGCAUUCUGUAGUUCAGGUUCGUGGUCUGAAUGCUUGAGAUAGCUUUAAGAAGUGAACAAUUUUAUCCAUAUGCAGCCUUUAUGCACUUAUUAACUCCCCAGAGCUGUGAGGACUGGAAAUGUAAAAAUAAGAGUUGCUGUUGUUUCACAUAUUAUGAUCUGGGAACAGCAUGUUGCUGCAUUACUAAAGCUAAGCAGUUAUAUGGAACUAGUUGGAAAUCUGGAUGGGAGACUACUGCGUGCCUUGUAUAUUGGGGGUGUAUUUUUAAGUAGAAUAUAAAUAUGUAAAAUAAUGUUACAUGCAACCUGCUACAAUCACAUGGAUGCUCACUGAACUGAUCUCUUGCCUGGAAGAAAUUCCUACUUGCCACAGGUGACCAGACAAGUGGCCUUUUACAAGCCUGCUAUGAGGGGGCAGAUCCAAGUAUAGGUAUCUGCUCCUCCAUGACGCUCAAUAUCUUUUGCCCUACCAACUUCAUAGUGAGAGAACCUUGUAUUUGCUGCCCUUACUUUUGGAGGAAGGGCAGGAUAGAAAUACCAUAAAUGUACAAACAGGGGCACAUAAUUUCAUGGGGUUUCCUUCUCUUAAGGCAGAUAAAGCGCCAAAGUUCAAGGUCAGGAGUUCAUGUCCCACGAUCUCCAUGGGAUGGGAAGAUCUGGGUAGCCCAUCACAGUAGACUGUAUUGAGCUAGAUGGAUCAGUGGUGUAUCUUGGCCAGGCACCCAGAGCUUUUUGCCAUGUCGUGUCUGACUCUUCCAUUUUUGUGCAGCUCUCUGAUCGAGGAACUGAAAGAAGUUGCCUACCCUGUGCUGCGAAUCUUACUGCAGCAUAUUUGUGUCAAGGUGGGUUAUAAUCUUUACUCUCCUGUCCAGCAGCAUAGCAUGUCUCACUUCUGAAAAAAGGAGGUAUCGUUUUCUUAAAGACAGCUGUAUAGUGGCAGCAGCUGGUGACCAAGCUGCUUUCAUGGACUGGCCUCCUGAGAACUUUAUUUGGACUGGAUUCAGUCCAAGGUUUGCCUGUUUCCUCUCCCCAACUUUAGAAUGACCAUCUUGUUGGUGCUGUUUUUAGCAACAUAUAGAGGACCAUGUGGUUUUUUGUAACGCUGGAGCUAAAUGGUUUUAAAACCAAACCAGCCAGGAAUCAGAUCUUGAAGUAAUCUAUUAAGGACAUUUACAGUAACUGAAUUUCAUAAUUUGUUUAAGCAGGCCUUUAUGAUGCAACACAACUCUAUGCUGUCAUUCAAUACAUCACAUUGCAUUCCUUAGGAUUCCCCCGGCUUCUGUAUCUGGCAGCCUAAGGCCAGUCCCUUGGUUUAAUUGGUUGUCAAGCCAGGGAUCUCACUUGCACUGGGUCUCAUCCAAGGGCUAUCUGUUGCCAAUCUCUCUACCCUGCUCCAGAAGUUGCAGCAAUUAUGAUGGAUCACCUGACUUCACUUAGCCUUGACAAUUUCCUUUAUUCCAUUUGUUCCAGGUUCCUGAUAAGUCUGAAUACCGAACAUACGCAGCAUUGGCUGUGACGCAACUGCUGCACAAAUUCCCUUGUGCAGAGCGCGCAGACUUCAUAGCUUGGCUGUAUAAAUUUUCACUCAAUGACAAGGUGAGGGCAGUGGUGGUUUGAACACUGGCUCUUUAGGGAGCCAGCAACAUCCCUGACAUGCUGCGAGCGAUAAACUGAACACCCAGGUAGCCUGUGACUAGUGGUGCCCCGCUUUCUAAGCUACAUGGCAUCUUGGGGUUCUUCUUCCAACAGGCCUCCUACAGAGUAUUUGCUCUUGAUGUGGCCUUGGCCCUGUUGGACCUUCCAGAGCGGGAGGAGGACAUCACCUUGUCUGAGGAGCAGCAGGCAUUUCUGAAACACAAAUUCCUAAUGCAGACCAUGGUCCUCGGGCGGUGCGUGGACAAAGCCCCAACUGUCCGCAGCAAAGCACUUUCAAGCUUUGCUCAGUGUCUCGAAGCGAAAUCCACACUAAACAGAGAGAACAUCCAGGAGCUGAUGCAGGGCAGUAAGUAUGGUGGGGGAAGUGAGCUCUGAUCAUCAACAGGCUUCAUGAUGUUUCGGACAGAAUGUGGGACGUUAGACUAACAGGGUCCUAGAUUCAAAUCCCUGCUUUGUCCUGAAGUGCACUGAUGACCUGGGAGCAGUCAGUAUCUCUGAACCUAUUCUACCUCACAGGGUUGUUGAGAGGAUUGAGAAGUGUGAUAACCCCAUGUGCACAGCUCUGAGUUCAUUGGAAGAAGGGCUGCCAACUAAGAGAUUCUUCAAUGCAGCAAGAGAGAACUGGCACGCUGGGUUUCCUUUCUUGUGUUGACUCGCUUCAGUUGAUUGCAGAGCUAAGGUCCAGAGCUGGGCAUGAUCUAGCUCAGAGGCUGCUAGUUGUCAACCCCUCCUCUGCUUCAUGUGAGCUAUCCUCAGACUGUGUGUGUGUGUGUGUGUGUGUAAAAAGCCUUCUUUGGCUGCCAAAUUGGAUUUAAUCUUCUUCCUUUUACUUGCCCCCACAGCUGCUAGUUCUACAGUACAGGACUCAAACAUGCCUGCAAAGACAUUCAUAACCAACACAGAAGGUGAGCCAAGCCACCAGAUACUGGUAACCCUUUCAAAAUUGCCAUGCCUGUUCUUGUAAUGUACCAGAGGAACUUGGAAUAAAUGCUUGAACCUGUUAGGAGUGACUCCUGGUGGAGAGAAAGGAGGAUAGCUGAAAGACUGCCAUGUCUCAUACAAGCCUGCCCAGAUCUUCAGAAGAGUUCUCUCUGUUUCUAUCGAUGCCAGAAAUCCAUUCAGCAGGAAUCAAAGAGAGGUCUGUCAGAAACUCUUUGCUCAGGGAACCUUCUCCAUUCCCCUUAAUACCAACAAGCAGCUCGCUUGAUCAACUGGUUGUUUAUAGCCAGUGUUCAACUGUGUUGAAUUUAUUGAUGUCUUGCUGUACCCACUCUGUUCUCACAUUGUCUUUGGUUAUUUUGGAUUUUACUUUUAAUGCUGUUAGCAGCCCAUAGGGUAGAAAGGCAGGACACAAAUUAAACAAAGAAACCUAACUCUUAAUUAUGGGAAUGUGCCUUGGCUUAAGGCUGUAAUCCUAAAGCUACAAUCUCACCAAUUGGUCACCUUUGGAGUUGACAUCCCAGACAGGUGGGUGAGAUGUUUAGUAAGACCCUUCUUUUUGUCCCUAAUCACUUGCCCACCAGCUGUCUAAGACAUAAGAGUCCUGCUGGAUCAGACCUGAGGCCCAGCUAGUCUGGUAUCCUGUUCUCCCAGUUGCUAAUCAGAUGCCCAUGGGGGACCCUAUGAGCAGGGCAUGAGCAUGACAGCACCUGCUCCCACUCUGCCCAGUAACUGGAAUCCAGAGGUAUAUUGCCUCUGAUACAGGAUGAAUGUACCAUGGAGUUAUUUGGGAAAAAAAGUAGCAGACAGGCCAAUGAAUGAUAAUCCACAUCUUUGUUAUUUUCUCCUUCCAAGCUGUCUUCCUUGAAAUCUUGGGUCAUUAUGACAUCACAGCUUCAGAGUGACAUCACACAUCUCCUCUUUCUUGGUAGUCUGAUCUCUGGGCAACUCUUUGGUUACGGGUAAAUGGAUCCUGAUACACUUAUGUGUAGUUUCUGUUCAGUAACCAUUAUUAUUAUUAUUGUUAUUAUUAAAGCUUCCUCCAGCCAUUGUCUGAAGACUUUCCCAACAUUCAAAACUUUAGAGGUGACCGAAGAGCGCAACACUACUCAGUAUGAUGGUAUGCUGGACCCAUUCUUGGGUUUUCCUUUUUAAAAUUCACUCGCUUUCUCCUACUUGAUCAUCUUCAAUAUAUUCAGGGUUGUUGUUUUUUAAUUAAGGAAAUAGUUACCUGUACAGAAUAUUGUCUAUUUUAUUUAUAGAAGAAGAUUUCUCACAUUAUAUCAUGGUUACAUGUGGGGCAGACCUAUGUAGGAAUUGUGUGCAGCCCACAUGGCAAUUGUAUGUGUGAAUGAAGAGCCUUGGGAAUUGUAGUCCUAUGAAAAAGGUGGGAAUUGUAUACCCUUUAUUAAAAUCAUUUGCCCACGCUGGUUGGAUGAUGGGACACUUUUGCUGCAAUCCUGCCCCCCCCUCUUAUUUUGAAGUGAGCCCCAUUGAACUCAGUGGUACAUAAUUCUGCGUAGGCCUAGGAGUGUGCUGAUUAGCAGCUGAGCAAGGAAGAGAUGAGAGAGAAUCCUGACUGCUUGGUUUUCGACUUUAUGUGUGUGUGGUAUGCGAGUUGUUGUAAUGUUUGGUUAUCUUUGAGAGGAGAGAGAGCUGGAUGUGCAUAGUGCCUCUUUUAUCUCUCUUUAUGCAUAUUGCCUUGGGCACUUCUGAGUUGAAAAGGUGGCUUGACAGUAUGUGUGUGAGGAUAGCUAGCUAGCGCAUGCCUGUAUGAACUGGGAAGGUUCAGGUCUCUCCCCUUAGCCACAGAUUUAUUAAAUGGCCUCAGGCAGGUCAGUAUCUCUGUCCUGACCCUAUUCACUCCAUGCUCCCCUUUUUACUAUGGCAGUGAUGAUACUGGCCUACUUUUAUGGCGCAGUGGAGCUUCCUGAAGAUAGAACUCAGUUCUCGGCCAAUAGGAAGCCAAGGUGGUGGUGGUGGGAAACUUUGAAGUCCCCCCUCAAAGAAGAAGCUUGUAAAGGGCAGUUGAAGGAGACUUUCAGAAGAGAAGACUAAAGGAAGAUAGCUGAGAGAGAGGAGACAGGCCCACCUGCAUAGAAUGGUUCAUGUGCUAGUCUGAUGUGCAUAGCAGUAUGGCAAAGAACAUAAGAGACACCCCGCUGGGUCAGAAUGAAGGCCCAUCUUAAUCUACCAUCUUGUUUUUCCAAAGACUCUGCAUUGAAAUCCUCUAGGAGCCCCAAUUCACAUGGACAGAAGGCAAUAGCCCUUUCCCACUGUUACUCCCUGUGUGCAACAGCAUUCCACCCACUUGUGGGUCCCAGCAAAUAUGCCUUUGACCCAUAUUUUCUACCUUUGUGAAGCUGCUUCUGGGGAAAGCCCCACUACUUGAUCCAGGAAGCAGUUGCACACAGAGCCCUGCAAUUGGUUGUUGUUGGGGUUGUUGUUUUUUUUGGGGGGGGAGUAUUUUAACCAGUUUUCUUACACAUCUCGCCCUGUAGGGUGGCACUGUCAUGAGCAAGCCUUUUGCUCAUUUUCCAACCCAGCCUAUCCACAGGUGGGGGCCCACCCUGAGAAACAGGAGUAAUGUUUCUGUGUGGUGUCAAUUCAACCCCCUUCCAAUUUUCAUUGGAUAACACCUUUGCAACUGUUGUGGGAUUACUGAGACAAUGUAUGUGAAGUCCUCUUGAGUACUGGAAGCGCUGUAUAAGAAUGCUAAAUCCAUACAAUGUUCUGCUGAGCAUACGAUAUUUCCAAAACCUCCUCCACCACCAUAUUUGUUAUUGUUUGCUGUGUUUAUUAUUCACUUACAAUUUAAAAAGCAUACUGUGUACGCAAUUUAAAAUACAUCAAAAAGUUAAGAGCUUCAUUCUCUUCUCUCCCACCCCAUUGCAACAGGAAAAGAGAUCAUGGUCAUGCUGAGACUAAGAGCUGCGGAUGACAAUCCAAGCGUUAGGAAAUCCGCCCUCCAGGUAUGUUUCUGUCUUCUUUUUGUGCUCCCAGUACCAACAGACAUUGCUGUAUUCUUUAAAAGUAGCCAGCUUUGCAAUGAAUCAUAAAGGAAGACAUGGAAAAUUGCACAGUACCCAGAAGCGACGUUCUCAAUAUAAUGGCUCCCUCUAAUAGCAAGCUCAGUCAGCAAGUGCCAAAAGGAUUGUAACCAAAAUGAGGCCGCUAAGAAACAAGUGGAGAGGUACUGGGGUGUUUGUGGUUUUUGCAGAAAUACUGAAUUUUAAAAAGUUUUAAAUUACACUUCCCCCUUCAGAGAGGUAAUCUCCCUCCCUUAAAACAACAACAACCCACACAGCCCAGGGAGGGCACAGCAUCCAUCUUUAGCAGCCACAGAAUACAGAUUGUUAGAGGUGGGGAAUGGAGUAUUGUGGAUGAAGGCAUAGCUAAUUGGAACACUGAGCAGGGACGCUCAACACUAAUGUAAUAUUGCAGGUCUCACUUGUCUCCAUAACUGAGAUCAAGGUAUUUCUGGUGGUUUCAAGAGUUGGCCCACUUAGCACAGUGCAUUCAACCCUGACAGGUAGAAGGUUCUCCAGGGUCUUUUUUAGCUAUGCGCUCUGAUCGCUCUUAACUGGAGGUACCAGGGAUUUUAGCUCCCACUGCAUGUGUGUGCAUUAUUAUUUUUUAAGCUAGAGGCAUAGUGAGCUAUUUUAUACCAGACCAGAAAUGUCUCCUCUCACCGGCAACAGCUCUCCAGAGUUUGGGGCAGAUGCCAUUCCCAUCACCUGUCAUCUGAUCCUUAAAAAAGAAAAGAAACCCAAAAUCUGUCAAUGCUGGGGACUGAACUUGGGACCUUCUCCAUGAGAUCAGAUGCUCUACCACUUAGUUCUGGUCCUUCUCUCCAUUCGGCCACCAUCUUCAUCCUCCCUUAAUUCGGAAUUGGAAGCAUACAUAAUCCGCGCCAAAGUCACUGCGAGAGGGAGGGCUAUACUUCUAAAUAAAUCAAAUUAUCUUAGAUUGGUAUUGAUAAUGGCUGAGAGAAGAUUCCUGUCCCUGACAGCGACAGCGAAUGAUGAAUGACUUGAGAAAUGUGACCUUAACUUGGCCAAAUACUUGAUCUCCUGCUGAGAGAUUUAUUACUGUGUAAUGAAAUAUGUAAGCUUGAAUAAAUCACUUUUUAACAUUUAAACCCUCAUGUUUAGAAUAUUUAUAGUGGCAUAAUGAAUCUGUGUGGGAAGGUAAUGAAUUGGCACAUAUUUGAAUGCGGAACUGCACAGACGUCAGUUGUGCUGAAUAUUGUAGGUUUCCGUAGCUGGGAUAAUUGGCUUGUUCCAGACUCCCCCGAGGGUGGCCACCAUCCGGGGACCAAAGUCUGCUAGCAUGAUGGCUUUGACAUCUGGGUCUCAAAUUUGGCAAGACAGCCUGUCCCAAAUUUCCAGAUGAAAGCUCUGGGAUGAUCUUGACAUCCCUCAGUGUGUGUCUGUCACUUAAGGCAAGGACCGGGGCCGGUGCUUUUCCCUUCCUGACAAACUUUUGGCAGCAGUGGGUGGGGCCAAAGGUGGAAAUAGGCGGGGCAACAAAUGCUAGCAUUCUCUUUUGUAUAAAGGUAAAGGUACCCCUGCCCGUACGGGCCAGUCUUGACAGACUCUAGGGUUGUGCGCUCAUCUCACUCUAUAGGCCGGGAGCCAGCGCUGUCCGCAGACACUUCCGGGUCACGUGGCCAGCGUGACGAGGCUGCUCUGGCGAACCGGCCCCAGAGCAGCACACGGAAAUUCCGUUUACCUUCCCGCUAGAAAGCGGUACCUAUUUAUCUACUUGCACUUAGGGGUGCUUUCGAACUGCUAGGUGGGCAGGAGCUGGGACUGAACGACAGGAGCUCACCCCGCCGCGGGGAUUCGAACCGCCGACCAUGCAAUCAGCAAGUCCUAGGCGCUGAGGUUUUACCCACAGCGCCACCCGCGUCCCUUUCUCUUUUGUAUAGUGAGCUAGUUGCUACUCAAAUUCAUAUACCCCUCUCUAUCCUCCAGGCAAGGAAGAAGCAUUCUCACAGUUCAGAGAUACAUUCCAACCAGGCAAAGAUGCUCAAUGAGGCUGGUGCGAGGUGUAGCCUGGGAAGAGACCCAGUGGCUGGAUAGAGAGAUCUGGAGGGCCGCAUUUGGCCUCCAGGCCUGAGGUUCCCCCAUCUCUGACAGAUGUGUAUUUGUGCGAUCCUUAGGUGUUGAUGAGCAUCUUGAAGCACCAUGUGAUUUCCUGCACCUUGGAAGACUUGGGCACGCUCCAGGAUCGAUGUCGUGAUGCUGCCGUCUCUGUGAGGAAGCAAGCCCUGCAGUGUAUAACAGACCUCUUACAGGUGAGAGAAGUUGCUGGCUUUGCUCUUGGAUGUGGCUGUGUAUGAUAACUACAAAAAAAGCCUAUCACAACAACUUCAGAAUGCAGCACCCGAGCAAUACAAAUUCUCCACUAAUGAAAGAUGAGUACAGUGGUACCUUGGGUUAAGAACUUAAUUCGUUCUGGAGGUCUGUUCUUAAGCUGAAACUGUUCUUAAUAUGAGGUACCACUUUAGCUAAUGGGGCCUCCCGCUGCCGCCGCGCCGCUGCCAAGCGAUUUCUGUUCUCAUCCUGAAGCAAAGUUCUUAACCCAAGGUACUAUUUCUGGGUUAGCGGAGUCCGUAACCUGAAGCAUCUGUAACCUGAGGUACCACUCUAAUUGAGACUUUGGUGAUACUUUGUUUAUUGAUUCUGUGCAUGGCCAUCACUAUCACCCCCCACACACUAUUUUACACCAAACGUUGAUGGGUGGACCUUGGAGGUCUAGUGUAAAAACAGAAUAGACCGCACAAGUUUUUUCAAAGGAGAGAUCCUUCACUGUGGCAGCUCCUAUUCUCUGAACCCUCUUGUCCAUUGCUAUUAGGUAGAUGCCUUCACUGUAUUGUUUUCAACGCCCACUAAAGACUUGUGUGUCUGGGCAGACUUUCUUAAACAAAACAAGUUUAAUAUGUGUUUGAAUUUUAUUAUGUAUGUAUUUACAUAUGGGUUUGCUUAUAUUUUAAUGUUAGCUUUCCUUUAACAUUUGGUUUUGUCAAUUUUUUUAAUGAAUAUUUUAUAUUCUAUGCAAAGUGCUUAGCGCUUAUGGAUUUUUAAACAGUAGAUAAGUUAAAUGUCAGUCCAUUCCCUGGUUUAAAGCAUAUUUUGGUUCUGCAUAUCCUUAUAUCAAAGAGGAAGGAACCAAACGGAAGGCUUUCAAGCUGCCCUAUCCCAUUUUAUUUUGCUCUAAUGGCAGGACAGCCCAUGUUUAGGUAAAAAUUCAAGGCUGCUCAUCCUUGUACCAUUUCAGGCAACCUGUGAUCAGCUGAAGAGCGUUGUGAUCAUUUGCCUGCUUCUGAGGCCUCAUUAUCUGAAAUGUCUGUCUUAAUGUGAUCAGUUGAUCUCUAUCGGUCUCCUUUCAGUCUCAGCCAGACAAUGUUCUGAUACAGAAGGCCUGGCUGACGGGUGUCGUUCCCGUCGUCAUGGACUGCGAGGACUCGGUGAAGGGGAAAGCCUUGGAGUUCCUGGAACGGCUCUUGUUGCAGCCUAUCAAGCACUGCAAUAAGUUCUCCCGUGAGGACAGAGGCCAAGUGUUGGCCUGGGACCUCCUUAUGCACUUCACAAAAGAGAGUCAAGAACUGAGGUAUAGUCCGUAGCACCUGAGCACAUGCAGAGCUAUCCCUGUGCGGAGCCUCACCUAUAAUCUUACGCUUACGUUGUCAUGCAUUUUUAACUUUUGGCACUAUAUGAAUAUAACUGCUUUGCCUUUGAUCAGAUGCUCUGCAACUGAGCCACAGCUGUUCACCUGGUCUUAUUGUUAGGAAUUUUCUUCUAAUGUUAAGCCAAGAGUUGCUUCCUUGCAAGUUCCACCUGUUAGCUCCAGUCCUGUCCUGCAGAGCAACAGAGAACAAGCAUGCCAGACGUACAGGUAUUGGAAGAUAACGGAUAUGUGUCCCCUUAAGAACAUGAGAAGAGCCUGCUAGAUCAGGCCAGUGAUCAGUCUAGUCCAGCAUCCUGUUCUCACAGUUGCCAGCCAGAUGCCUGUAGGAAACCCACAACCAUGACCCGAUCACGAGAGCAUUUUCCCCUCCUGCGCUUUCCAUAAACUGGUAUUCAGAAGCAUGGUUUCUCUGACAGUGAAUAUAUAGCCAUCAUGAUUAGUAGCCAUCAAACUCCUGUCAUGUAUCAAUUGGUCUAGUAUUCUUUGAAGGUCAUCUAGGUUGGUGGCCAUCUCUACCUCUGGAGGGGGGGAGGGACAAAGAUCUGGAGCUUGUGUGGUUGCAGGAAUCAUUUUCCCAUAGUCCGAAACUCCAAGCUUCCUGAACUCACACUGAGAAGCAGAAGAGAUGAACAAGCUGCUUCCAUCUGAGAAAGGGUCAUUUCUAGUUGGCUGCCAAGGCCAGUCAAAAUUUGUGGAACCCUGAUAAGUGGGAGGCUCUUGGGAUCUGGGUCUGUGGUGGUGUUUGUAUAGGGAACCUCUGGGCCGCUAGUUGCCUAUUGCUUAAUGUAGCCCUUUUGAGUGCAGAGAUUGUGGAAUGCUAAUCGGAAGCAUGCAAAUGAGAAAGGCAACUAUCAUUCAUUAAGAAAGGCAUUUGUCUUCAUUCUGGAGUGCAAUAUGCUGCUUGUCUGACUAAGCUUUGAUUCCAUCUUUUGUAAGAGACCUCAAAAGGGAUGAGGAGAUGCUUUUAGAAUGGCAAGAAUACGUGUGCUGAUUAAAAGCAGCGUAUGUUUUAUUAGUCAAUAACGUGCAACAGUUACUGAAAUAGAACACCCGCUCAUGGGUCGUGCCGUGGUGGAAUUUGUGAUACUGUCAUGAGUCCCAAUUUUGGGCCUUGCGUGGUAUAAUUGGCAUUUCUAUAUUGCUUGCUGCAUUUUCAAAAGCACGCCUAUACCUCUCCUCCCCUUUCCCUCUUUAGAACUGGGGAAAACGUAAGUCAAUUACUAAUUUUUAAAAUUCAUUUGGGCCACAACGGGGGAGCAUUUCGCACAGAGAAGUAAGAUAUUUGGUGGCCAGAAAUGAUGCAGGUCCAACCUGCUCUUAGUCACAAAUAUGUUUCAUAUUUGAGGUGGGGUGGGAUAGAAAGCUGUCUGCAGGUUUGCUGUUCUGAAUUUAAUGUUUUUGAAUAUUCUUAAUUUUCCAUCUGCUAUGGUAAAGGUUUCCAGGAAUCUAAAACAUAUGCAAGUUAUUGCUGCCAUGGUAGUACCAGGCGAACAGAAUGACUGUGUUCAGACAUAAUGAUAAAUGAUGACUUGUUAUUAUGGGAAUGUGUCUUGGGUGCUCACAUGAUGUCUCACCCCCUGCUUCCGGUACAGUGAUGAGGAGCAUAGAAACUUUGCUUCUAUUUUCAGUUAACCACAGUUUUGUGUUACCUGGUUUAAACAGGCCACCUUUGUAAGCCAAAUUUUGAGGUUGGCUUAACCACUGUUGCCAUCCAGGCAUAACACCAAGCUGUGGUAGUCAAAUGUUCCAAGCAAGUUGGGUGGCUGUGUCGGAGAAGGAGAGCAGAGAACGCAUGAGGCUUGUGCAUAAUGUUGUUGUUGUUAUAUUUAUACCCCAUCCACCUGGGUAUUACACAGCAUGUAUAAAAAAUUGUAAAACAUCAAUCAUUUAAAAAAUCCCAGUACAGGGCUGCCUUCAGAUGUCUUCAGUCAUAUACUGUAUUUUUCGUCCUAUAGGGCGCACCGGCCCAUAGGACGCACCUCGUUUUUUUGGGGGGGGGGGGAAUGAAUAAAAAAAAAAUAUUUCCCCCCAAGCCUUGCGCACACCUGCCCGAAGCACGGGGCGCCCUCCGGAGGGCUCCCCGUGCUUCGGGCCGCAGGCUGCCACCCCAAGCCUUGCGCAUACCCGCCCGAAGCACGGAGCGCCCUCCAGAGGAACUCCCGCGAGGCUUGCAAGGCUUGCUGAUAGCUUCCUGAAGCCUGGAGAGCGAGAGGGGUCGGUGCACACCGAUGCCUCUCGCUCUCCAGGCUUCAGCGAAAGCUUGCAUUCGCCCCAUAGGACGCACACACAUUUCCCCUUCAUUUUUGGAGGGGAAAAAGUGCGUCCUAUGGGGCGAAAAAUAUGGUAGUUGUUUAUUUCCUUGACAUCUGAUGGGAGGGCAUUCCACAGGGCGGGCGCCACUACCGAAAAGACCCUCUGCCUGGUCCCUGUAACCUCACUUCUUGCAGUGAGUGAACUAUGACUUAGGACUGCCUCCAGACUAUUGUGGUAUAGCAGAUGGAAUUUGGAGGAACAUGGGUUCCAAUUCUUGCUAUCUGUAAAGCUAGCCAGCAUUUCUCAACCUAGUCUACCUCACAAGGUGGCUGUGAGGAUGACAUGCGACAGCCCAGUUUAAGGCAGUUCAUCCGAAGAUGAGCAUUUUUUGCUACCACUAAGCACCCUUUGUUUCUGUCCUGUCUUUCAGCCGCUACUUGACCAGAGCUUUCCACAUAUGGUCGAAGCAGGGGAAAUUCUCCUCCGUGUUUGUUAGCAGCGUCGUCUCCCAUACCGAAACCGAGCGUGCUGCCCCUGCUUGGAUGCUGCUGGCAAAGGUCUCCGGCUCUUCACCCAAGCUAGAUUACACCAAGAUAAUUAAAGCCUGGGACAGUAUCAGCAGGCAAGUGUGACUUGGCCCAGGUGGGAGGCAGCCCUGUGUGUCAUUCAGAGGAGAAGGAUUUUUGUCUUACUCCAUCAGGGCUGUUUGCAACUUGAACAUUCUGGUUCUUUCAGGGAGCCUGGUGCUUGCUGGCAGACCAUGGUGCACAUCCUGUGUGUGAUUGGGAACACUGCAAAGCACCUGCCCAGCAGCAUACAAAGCAGACUGAUGGGUGAGUGUCCAUUUGAAAAGCCAACUUUACCCAUCUUCUGAGUGUUUUCGUGUUGUCCUAGAGCUCUCUACCUGUCACCUGAACUAACCAUCUGGUCUGUCUGCCUCUCUCACCAGCUCAUGUUAAGCUGCUUGACAUUCUUCUUUCCCCCCACAGAUGAUAUCAAAUGUUGGCUGCAGGACUCCCAGUGUCCUCUGGAGGUGAUUAGCCCAGCCAUAGAGACUCUGCAGAAGCUGUGCAGUGCCUCCUCAGAUUCCCCAAAGGAGACCCAGGUGAGGCUCAGAAAACUGCCUUCUAAGCACUGAACGUCCCACUGGUUAUCCUUCUUGAAACUGUCCUUGUGCUAUGCUUGCUUCCCCAUGCUUAGUAACACGAGAGAGGCAGUGGUGAGUCCUAUUGAGCAGAGGGGUUCCUCUGAAGUUUGUUUGGGAUUUCUCAGCAGUGCAAUCAGUUGUAGCCGAUCAGCUUCCCUGAAGGACUGCUUUCUCGACACCACAAGUUGCCCCUUUUGAUAGUAGCAGCUGCCAGGAUUUAGUCGGAGCGGGCCUGCUUUGCUUCAAUUCCUGGCACUGCCAAGUUAAAAAGAUUUGCUAGCAGGUGCUGUGGGGGCACCUGCCCGAGACCCUGCAGAGAUGCUGCCACUCAAGAUUGGGCUGGGUUGAUGGGAGCAUAGAAGUUGAUUUUAAUAGUCCAGUUUUGAGACUGCUAGCCAUCUUUUCCUGGUUUGGAAGAAAGGGAAGAUUGUGUCUAUUAUUAUUAUUAUUAUUAUUAUUAUUUAUUUUGUUAUGCCUUCCAUCUGACUUGGUUGCCCCAGCUACUCUGGGUGGCUUCCAGCAAAAUAUAAAAACAUCAAGCAUUACAAACUUCCCAUUAUAUGGCUGCCUUCAGAGGUCUUCUAAAAGUCUGAUCGUUUCUUACCUUCUUGGCAUCUGAUGCGAGAGCGUUACACAGGGUGGGUUUCACUAUCAGGACGGCCCCCUGCUUGGUUCCCUGUAACUUCACUUUUCACAAUGAAGGAACUGCCAGAAGGCCCUCAGAGCUGGAUCUCAGUAUCCGGCUGAAAGAUGGGGGUGGAGACUUAUCUUCACGUAUACAGGACCGCAUCAACAGCUCAGAAAUGUACUGGGAACCAAUGGAGAUCCUUUAGGACCAGUGUUAUAUGCUUCCAGUGGCACCCAGUCAGCAGUCUAGCUGCUGUAUUCUGGGUUAGUUGUAGUUUCCGUGUCACCUUCAAAGGUAGCCCCACAUAGAGUGCGCAUAGACUGCAUUGCAGUCAUCCAAGCAGGAGAUAGCCAGAGCAUAAUGAAAGGCUUCCACAUUUGAUUGCUUAUACAAGGGUGCUAACUUCAAUAAAAUGUUGUGGGGGCCCAGGUAAGCCCCACCACACAUAAUUGAUCACAUGAUGCAGUGCGUGCGCGCGCACACACACACACACACACACACCAUUUGAAUGGGAAUGACCAUCAACGGGGGGGAGGGCUCAAAUAUUUUAUUGUGAGGGUCGAAGCCCCCACGGCCCCUAGGAGUUGGCUCCUAUGCCAUGAAGAGAGGAGCUGUGUGGGUGGGCAAAGACCUUGUUCCUAUCUCAGUUCAUUAUUGCUGGGUGAGUCCUGAUAUAAAGCAGUUUCCUGUCACUGCAGAGGAGUGUUGGGUGUUCUCUUGCUUACCAAGGAGCAGUGAUGAGGUCUGCCCAGCACCCAGCAUUACAAAAAAAAAAAUAGUAUACCCUAAAAUACCUCUCAGAGCCCUUUGAAUCACUCAGACGUUCCCCAAUAACUGCUGGAAGCGGGGGGUGUGGUGUUCUUGGCAGAGGAGUUGAUGUGGAAAGGUCUCAUUGAUGCCAGAAAAUUCAAAAACCGCUUAAUGAUUCUUUGGCCACUGUGGAAAGUAGAAGGGUCUGUUAAGACAAUUUAGCCCAGUGCCUGCAGCUGCAUUUCCAAAAUAAACCCACAUUGUUCUCUUCUGGAAGAGGCUUCUCAUCAAAGGAAAAACUGCUGACUUUUUAAGAGUGAUCAGGGGAUUUUCUCAGCGUGGUGGUCUGAGAAACUUACAUGUUGGGAGGGAGAGAAGGGGAGAGGGAGAGAAGCAACAGUGGUUCCUUAGUAAAGAAUUAAAUCAAGGUCUCUCCAUGUUCGAACAGGAUAUGCUGAACAACUUAUUUGGGGGUCUUGUAGCCACAUGUGAUCAUUUCAUCUCGAGUAUAGUCCUCCAAGAGCGCAGCGCAGAGCAGCUACAAGAAGAUGCCUUGGUAAGUGAGACCAGAAUAUUAUUUAUUAGCUGCAUUUAUAUGCAAUCUUUCUUCCCAAGCACCCAAGGUAGUUUACAGUUUUAAAGUACUAAGGCAAAUGUUCUAACAUGCAAAAUUGGGAGCGGGGAGAAAGGAGCCGACCAACUAGAGCAGGCCCUGGUGUUUCCCUGUACCUGCCUCCCUCACCCUCUUCAUCCUCAAAGGGCGGGUGGUAUCUGUUGGUUCUUAAAUGUUGUGUUUCUAACAUCUUCCUUUGUUCAGCAGCACCAACCUACAGCUUAAACAAGGGAUGUGACGGAGCUAGAAACUUCACAGUUCACUAGAGUUGUUCUGUACAGUAUGUUAACUCUCAGUGUUCUCCUUUUGGUAGGUUAGACAUCUCUUUAUCUUGGGUGAGGCUGCACAGCUCUGUCCCGCCAAAGUGGAAAAACACAUUUUCUUACUGAUACAGUCCAUCCUGGCUAGUUCUGACACACUGGGCGAAGGUAAGGCCUUCCUCUUCUUUUGGUGUGCCCUUUUAGAGGGUAGCAGCCCAGUUUUGGAUGCCCCAUUCUAACUUUGGCAUGGUUCUUUCCCUAGCGUCCAGCUCUGGGAGUAGCGAGGACCUUCCACCAUCUCAACCAUUGUCCCAGUUCAGAGGCUCUGUGUUUCCGUCUGUUGUCAGAGCUCACGCAUUCAUUACGCUAGGUAAGAGCUCUCCCUUGCACAAGAACUCCUUACCAUGUGCCACCUCUUCUUGUUCUCCUCAUCCUUCUCCAGUAAACCUUGGUGAUAUAUGAGGGCCAGUGAGCCUUUUUCAGCUCGAGAGCUGCAUAACCUUCUGAGAGCUCCAUGCCAGUGUGGAUGGGGCCAGAGGGGAAAGUUGAUAGGUUUUUCUCCUAUGUGCAGUAGGUGUGUGCCCCAGCCAAUCCUCCAUGCAGGCAAGCAAGGGGCAUGAUCAGAGUUCAAAAACACAUUUCAGCUAGGCAAACACACUCAAGGAGAGUGCAAAGCAAAGCUGGGGAGAGAUGCAGUCUGGGGAGAGGCUUAGGGAGUUGCAUUUGCCCCCCACCCCUGCCAGGACUGAGGUUUAAAAUAUCCCCUGCUAUAGACAGACUCCUUCUACCCAGAGAAACUAAGCAGCUGAGUCUGGAUGUUGGAAAUGGUAGGCAUUGAGACUUGGUCAUACUCUGGGUAGAACCACUGAAAUCAAAUGGGUUUUAAAUGAAUCAUGGCUAAUCUAAAUGCCAUUGAUUUCUGAGUUUACACUAGAAAUGGUUAAGUCUUGAUCCAGUUGACUGUCUUUAACGAUGGCAGUGUGUUAGUCUAGUGGGACUGCAGGUUGCACACGAGGGUCUCCCUGCGGCCCUUGAGCCACCCUUCCCCCGUUUGUUCUUACAGAGGAUUAUUUCUCUUUCCGAUUGCUUCCGUGUCACUUUGCUUGGGCCUGCCGCACAGGCGGAAGAGUUCAGUCCAGUGGCUCAAGCCUAAUCCUCCUCCUUCCUCCCUGUUUCUUCCUCUUUGAUAGGUAAGCUUUGCCUCCAGCAUGAGGACCUGGCAAACAAAUGCAUUCCCGCCUUGGUUCGAGAACUAGAGCUGUCCAAGGACGUGGCUGUCCGCAAUAACGUCGUCAUUGUGAUUUGUGACCUCUGUAUCCGCUACACCAACAAGGUAGACAGGUACAUCCCCGAUGUCGCCAUAUGCUUGAAGGAUCCGGAACCUUUGAUCCGGAAGCAGACGCUCAUUCUCCUUACCAACCUCUUGCAGGUGAGUCAAGCACAGGUUGGCCUUGGGGUCUUCUCUGUUGUGCUGCACUUUGCCUCUUAUGUCAAGGGUGGCAUGUCACAACAGGAAGCCCUAAGUUUGCAGCCCUCAAGAUGGUGAAGGAGAGCCAGUUUAGUGUAGCAGAUGGGUUGAACAGAUGUCAGUUCAGUUCCACACCACCACCACCUCAGAAGCUCAAAAGAUAGCCUUCAGACAGUCACUGUCUCCUCUCUCAUCUUAAUCAAUCUCACAAGGUCCCUGGGAAGAUAAAAUGGGGAGGGAAUCUGGGCAGGGAUGUGAUUUCCAGUAGAUGGGAGCAGGGCUUUGCUCCUCUAUGCACCUCAUCCCUUGGCAACCAAAACUAGAAUAAUUUGGGCAUCAAACUAAGAAUGAGAGAAUAGGUGAAGAUAUACAACCAUUGCUCGUUUUAUGUAAUUAUGGGUCAUAGAGUUCAUUAAACUUGCACAUCAAGGAUUUGCGGUGGAUGUUAGCAGACUUGUAUGCAUGCUGUGGAUUCUGUGGAAAGUCUAGUAGCCUCUGAGGCAUGCUCAUCCUCUCCCCCUCCCAACUUUUGUUGUGGCAUAGGAAGAAUUUGUGAAAUGGAAAGGAUCCCUCUUCUUCAGAUUUGUCAGUGUUUUGGUGGACCCAUAUCAGGAGAUCGCAAGGUAACACCAUCAUUUCUUCCCCCGCCCCAGAGUCAUAAAAGGGAUGAAACCUGGUUCUGCUUCCACAUUUUGCUUAUGUCUGAAUGAUGGGUGAAAUCUUGGAAUUUGUUCCCACUUGGUUAUUUAUAAGAACAACUCUGAAAAGUAGAAAACAUUUUUUAAAUAAAAGCUCUGGCGUCUACAGUUCCGCUCAGCAAGCACAGACUUGGGGAGAAACUAUUUUACCCUUCCCAUCGUUUUAUCUUUUCAUGAUGUCUUUGUUAGUCCUUACAAAGCAGGUGUGGAUAACACCCAUUCAGGUGUUCUUUCCCUCCUCUCCACCAAAAGGAGCAAGAACAAAAGGCCUUAACCUAAUUUUUGGCUGCAUUUGCAAAAGAAAAAUAUGUUGAGUAGGCACAGCCAUUGGGUGGGUGGAGAGAUUUAAACUUCAUCUGGAUGCAAUGCAAAUUGCCCCCUCUCCAGUCAGUUGAUGAGCAGGGAUGGACCAGGCCCAUUCACAUCAGCUGGGAAAUGGGGAGCUGUGAGUAGGCGUGUGAGCGUGUGUGUGUCUCUUAUUUUCAUAAAAAAGUGUUUAUAAGUCUGCUUAAUGUUUUAAAAUCUUUACUGUGGGUUUGGGAUUGGAAAAUCUUUUGGGAUUGUCAGUGGCAAUUUGACAUUUCCCACAUGUAUGCUUUCUUAAGAUUAAUUCUGAAACUCAUUCCUAGGCUUUUAAGAAGUUGUCCUAAAUUACGGGUCUAACAGGGACAAUCUUGUUGCCCUUUGGCUUUCAUGCAGCACCUGUAGUUGGUGCCACAUUUUUCCUGUCUCUCCAGCUGGUGGCGGUCUUGUAUCAUCUUUAAUGUGCUUUCUGCACAGCCGUUUAUGUCUCUGUGUGUUUCCACUUUCUGUUUCGAGGGUAAAAACGGACACCUGAUUAAAGAAAUCUGAGUCAAUUAAUUGUAAUCGAUUAAUUACCUUGCACUGCAGACAAAACACUAGUCCAGGAGCCAGAAGAAUCCUUUCUUUGUUUUUAGGCCACACACACAAAUACACGCAUCAUCUUACACACUCAUCAUCUCAGAAGACACAAAGAAAUGGUGCCUCUUCUGAGAUGGUGUUUUCCACUCUUUUUUUAAAAUCAGUAUUUGUCCUUAAAUGAUUUAAAAGAUCUGUUGUCUGAUCUGUUAAGAGACCUUUUUUCACCUGAUUAAAAAUAUUUAAUCUACUUGAUCUGGACAAUUAAAUGUUGUGUCUCUUUCACCUGGAAGCUCUGGGUGAAAUUAACUUAGGGAUGGGGGAUCUGUAAGACUCCACCUCCCAGCAUCAUUGACCACUGACGAUGAUAGCUAGGACAGCUGGGGAGAGAUGCAGUCUGGGGAGAGGCUUAGGGAGCUUCAUUUGCCCCCACCCCUGCCACAGGACUGAGGUUUAAAAUAUCCCCUGCUAUAGACAGACUUCUACCCAGAGAAACUAAGCAGCUGAGUUUGGAUGUUGGAAAUGGUAGGCAUUGAGACUUCGUCAUACUCUGGGUAGAACCACUGAAAUCAAAUGGGUUUUAAAUGAAUCAUGGCUAAUCUAAAGCCAUGGGGUUAGGCUGACAGGUACAGAUUUUGCCCAAGACCACCUGGACUGAAAAAGACCUGUGUACAGUGUGACCAAAUAAGCCGGGUGCUUGAACCUAUCUUUCCUGAGACCAACACUAUCCACUUCCAUCACAGUGGCUCACACCACAUGGUGGCUCUCUUCUUGUGCUUCCAAAAAGACAAUCAGGAUCCCAAAUGUUUUCAGGUUACGUCUUAUCAGGUCCGUCAUUGACAGAAUAGCAAGCUUUGGAAGUCACGGAACUCUUUGUGUAGUCUAAUUCUGUGGCUUUCUAAAACUUACUACAUGGUAAAAGUACCUGUUUUUUCAAAAGGUACAGUCCAAACUCGCUUGUAUCCUAUAUUUCCGCAGAUUCAAAAAUAAUAAUAUCUUUUUCUUUAUUCUUAAUUUUUUUAUUUCUUAAAUGGAAGCUUUUGAGCUUGGCCAUUAAAAAUGCCUUCAACCAGAUAAGGUGAAUGUUCUAGACCUCCCUGUAUGAUCCCAAAUCAGAAUGUGACAUUUCCUAAGCUCACUGUGUGCCUUAUGCCAGGCAUUAAUUGUAGCAUAAGAUGCAAUUUGGGCAUAUCGGUGUGAGCUGCUGCUGAUCCAUAUUGCAUCUUCUUUUGAGUCUGAAAUCCCUGUCAUCAUUUAGACCCUUGCAGAUUUUCUGCAUUUAGAUAGCCUGCUUAUUUGGGGGUUAAAUCUGCAGGAUUUAUUUGAAGAAAUUGGUUUAAAGUCUACCUCAAUAUCUUACCCCCCCCUUACUGUUUUAACUGGUGUGAAUGUAAGACUCCUUGGCCAUGAGCUUGAGAAUUCUAUUUAAAAAAUAAUAACACACACACACACACACACACACACACAGCAGAUAGCCAGGUUCUUCUGGAUUAAGACAAGCACUUUCUCUGAUAGUUUGUCCCCAGCAUCCUCGACUUGAAAAGGAACACAGAAAGUUGCCAUAUACCAAGUCAGACCAUUAGUUCAUUAAGCUCAGUAUUGUCUAUAUCAGGGUUUCCCAAACCUGAGCCUCUAGCCAUUUUUGGACUACAACUCUCAUCAUUCCUAGCCAGCAGGACCUACGGUCGGGGUUAAUGGGAAUUGUAGUCCAAAAACAGCAGGAGACUCAAGUUUGAGAAGCCCUGGUCUAUAUUGUCUGGCAGCAGCUCUCUGCAGUUUCAGGCCAGGAGUCUCUCCCAGUUCUGCCUCGAAAUGCCGUUGGAGAUUGAACCCGUGUGUGAAACAGAUGCUCUCCUGGGAGCCCUUUCCUGGUAUUCUGGUUCUGAGGGUUGCAUUUAGUGGCAGUGGCUAAUAGCUGUUGACAGACAGGCCCUCUAAAAAAUGAUCUUGAUGCUUUUUAAAAGCCACCCAUGUUAAUCACCAUCGCCCCCGCCUUGUGGCAAUAUAUUCCGCGAGCUUAAUUAUGCAUUCAUUUUGACUCUGUGUGAGUUUAAUUUUACUUAUCUGUACUUCAGUCAUUCUUCAAUGCGCAGCUUUCCCCAUUCCCCCCCCAUCCGUUCUUCCACAGCAGCCUGUUACAGCGUUGAGACCGUAGCAGUGAGCUGCCUUUUCCUGUGGAGCGCAUCAACGUUUCAUUUAAAAGCUGCCCGGCUAUUAAUGGGGUAUUCUCAAUAAAUGUCCACACGUAGGGAGCGAGUAAUUUUAUUAAAAAACGCUCCCUAGUCAUUGUGGAUUCCAAGCUGUGUCUCAGGCCGGGAAUACCAGAUCUCCUUAAUAAGAUCUUGCUAGCACGAGUGACUGCUGGUUAAUUAUCACAAACACUGUAAUUACUGUCGGUGUUUACUGUUCAACUGAGUUAUUUCUCUCUUUAAUUAUGUUGAAUUAUAAUUAGAAGCAAAAUUGCAGGAUGAGCCCUGAAAGCUUUUCAAAGGAGUCUUGGAUAAGGGAGCGGUGUAACAAUAGACCCCAUGUUUCUUAAACAUUGUGAUGUUUAAGCACCAGUCUGAUUUGAGGUGGGCUUCAGCAAGGGAGGGGAACCCGUGGCCAUGUAGAGCUUUGGGACUGCAGUUCCCUUCAACAUACUCAUCAUUGGCCAUGUUGGCUGGGGCAGAUGGGAAUUAAAGCUCACCAUCAGAAGAACCACACAAUUUCCCCCACCCCCCACCCCAGGCUGCAUUUUGAGAGAGGCCCUUUUCUCUUGGCUUCUGUGCCGCUCAGCUGGUCCGUUGCAAAAUGUCACCAGUCUGCAGGAAAAAAAGUACAGGACAGGCAACCUCCGAUUUAGACGCGGCAGAUAUGUGCACAUUCAUGCUUGGUGCACGUAGCACAAACCCAGAAGUGACCCAGAAACGUCAUAAAAUACAUCACUAAAAAGGGGAGGCAGAAUGGGGUGUUUCAACCACACACGACUUCAUACAAGCGCACAAUAACCUGGAAUGUGACCUCCGCACAAAUCUGGCGUUGCCUUAUGUGAUUUAGGUACUUUUGGUCCAUAUCUUGCGAUUGUGUCGCAAGAAAAAGGGUUAAAUGCCUGUUAAUCAGGGCUGUGUAAACUGUAUUUCCAAUCAUAGUUUGGGCUCUUCCCUUGGCAGCCCAUUCUGUUGCUUUGCUGAUACAACAAUUAAUACUUUUUUCCUGUUGCUGAUCAACCUUGAGUCGGCAAGUGGUGGCCCAGGGGCUCAUUCUGGCUCUGGCAUAGUCUUUCUUCCCUCCUCCUCUCUCUUUAAUACUCUCUUGCACAUGAAUCACACACACAAAGUGGCAACCCAGCAACUGAGGUUCAGAAGGGAAGAGUAUCUCACAUUGCCCAAAGCGUCUGUUUCUCUCCACCCUGGGAAGAAAAGGGGCUAAGGAGCCCUUUGCCUUUCUCUGGUCACGUGGCAAUGAGCCGAAGGGCAGAGCCAAUGUAACUGACCCCUCCAUCCCAUGCUUAGCUCAGAAUAUGGCUCCCAGGUAGUUUUAAAAAGCGAGUCGCUGCCUGCAAACCAAAGCCACUGAGGUGGCCUUCUGACGUGCUUUCCCUUUCUCCUCCCUGCAGCUUAGCUAAAUUCUGCUUGGCGCACCUCCUGCUGAAGAGGAACCCGCUGAUGUUCUCCCAGCACUUCAUCGAGUGCAUCUUCCACUUCAACAGCUAUGAGAGGCAUGAGAAGUACAACCGGUUCCCCCAGAGUGAGCGGUCCGUGGAGUGGUGGCUAUUUUCAUUAACAUGAAUGGGGUGGGAGGGAGGGAGUUGCAUGUAGUGGUGAGCAGGAUCCUCCUGCGGUCAAAGCGUCACUUGUCAUCACUUUUAUAUCCCACCCUUUUGCCAACAGGGCAUGGGGAUACUAACAACAAAAUAAUUCAGUCCUUAGAACCACAGUUCAACAGCCAUGAUCACCCAGAGUUUGAGCACAGGCCAGCAGCUGGGCAGAUUCGAUUCCAACUUGCGCAUGAGCGCUGCUAGCAUGCAGGACUGCCAGAUUUCAUCUGGGAGAGAAUUGCAUAAAUAGAGCAGCAGCACCAAGGCUUUGCAAGCCGCCCCUACUGAUGGGGCAAUGAGCAGGACACCUGCUGCUAUUUGAUGAGACACUGAGGCUGGGAAGUGUUUGGGCCCGGUAUUACUGGCAGCCAGUGUAGUGUUUUAAGGACUGGAGUGAUACAAUCCCCUCUCGUCACCCCACAUAGUGGCAUUUUGCAAUGCUGCACUACUGACAAACAUCCCCAUAGAAUGUUCUGAUGAAACUGGCUCAGAGUGAAUAGCUAGUCCAUCUUUUUAUACAUAAGUAAACGCCAGUUUCUAAAGUUUUGCCGCACUGUAGUCUGACUGGGAAACAGACCCUAAAUUGAGGUGAUGCACUUUGGCUGUGGGGUUGAUCUUCAGUGAGCAGGAUCCUGAGGUGCCGAAGUGACCCCUGUUGCAGUCCUGUCCUAAUGCGUCCUUUGGCCUGCCCUCUCCCAGGCGGGCUGCUGCUUGCUUCUGUGGGGCAAAGUCAAGCUCUGUACGUCAGGGCCACCAACGACGCAGCGAGGUCAAAGCUUGCGCUUCAGCCCCGAUACCAGAUGAACCCAGCCCUUGCUUGUUUGCAGGGAGACAUUGCUUUACCUCUGAUUCUCAUAAUGCCCAAGCCCUUCCUGAUCAAACUUGGGCUCUGCCUCUCCUGAGGACUGACAUUUUGCUAGCUGCCUGUCUGUUGCCCUGACAUAAUGGAAUGUGAGGUAGGGGAAGCUCUGUGGAAUCCUGCGAGAGGGAGAGGAGACUCCAGAGUUAGGGAUGUGGCGCUGGCCCUCCAGGUGAUGUUGGGCUCCCAUCAGGCCCAGCCAGCAUGGCUAAUGGUCAGAGAUGAUUGGAGCUGCAGGCCAUCCACAUCUGGAGGGCAGUUAGUUUCACCCAUCCCUGACUUGCAGAGGAGAUGCUGGAAAGAGGAGACCUCAGGAAGGAGGGAAAGGAGAACGUGGCAGGUAGGUUAGUGAGAGCUGGGGUGAGAGAGAGAAGAGAAGAUGAUUGUACUGUGAAUGCAGGAAUCACAUUUUUUUUGUUGUUGUUGUCAUCAAGCCCAUUUUAAUGAUAGAUGAUUGACCUCGGGGCGACAGGCCGAAUCCUGUUUCCUACCCUCCCUCUUCAGUGAUAUGCCGGAUCUAAUGUCUGUGUUUUGAAUGUUGAAUAGAUGGGUAGCUUACACGCACUUGUGUUUCUUAGCUAUCAAUGAAUUUCAUUCACCUACUACAGUGAGAAGAAACUCUUUUCCCUGAAGGGCGAAGCUAACAAAGAGAAAAGGAUGGAGAUUUACAAGUUCCUGCUGGAGCACUUUACCGAUGAGCAGAGGUUCAACAUCACCACCAAAAUCAGCCUGAACAUUCUGGGUAUGGCUGUAUCUUCCUACGCAGAAGGCACUGUGUGAAAUGUUAAUUCACAGUGUGAUUUUUUUUUGGGGGGGGGGAGCUUCCAAAACUCCUUCUGUGCAUGAAGUUCAGUGCCUAUUGGGUGACACCCCUGCAGAGUGGCUCAGAAGUUGCCCAGUUCCAAAGAUCACAAGCCUUUCUCGCAGCGUUGUUGAAAGGAUUGUUGUGAUGAUGUACCCAAAAUGCCAUGGAUACUACAAAAUAUUCCCAGACUGCUAGUAUUAGCUGUGAAUUGUUGCAGGGUUUCCCAUUUCUUGUAUGGGAGGUAUUGGUUUGUUUGCCUCUUGUGCACAUUUUACACUUUUUUGUUAAUUCCAAGGUUCGGUUGCAGGAGCCUGCGAUUGAACCGGCAUUGUGCAGUGGAUUUGGGGCUGUGCUCAGUGUCUGUUCCCAGGCUUAGAGUGGUGCUCUGGGAAAUUCUCUUUUGGCUUAAAUAUCUGGGAGUUGCUAUUUGAAGAUCACUGCCCUCUUCAUUUUAUCCUUGGGAGGAGCUUUUAAAGGAGGCCUUCACCAUGAGAUAGAAAAUCUAGACUGCUUCUGCAGCUACUCUUCUGAAUGUGCUGGAUAGACUUCUUUGGCGGGUUAUGCCACUGGCCUCACAAGAGCCUCUCAUCUCCAUCUAAUUGGUUGAGACACAUUCAUAAGAACAAGGCCCCUCUCUCCUUGCAGUGGGUGCCAGGAUACGUGUGUGUGUGUGUGUGUGUGUGUGUGUGUGUGUGUGUGUUUUGAGUCCCUUGCACAAGAGUUUAAAAGCAAGCCCCAACCUCAUUUUGCAUUUCCCUGUGAAGCCGCUUGACUAGGUGAGCUGUCCCUAACUGCAAAGAGCCUUGUGCAGAGCUAAGACCACUGCUCCCAGCUUAAAAUGUUGGACUUUUCUGGUGUUUGGAAGUAACCACUUGUCCCACUUUCUCCAUCCUUUUUGUUUCCAGCCUGCUUUGUGGACAGAGCCCUGCCUCUCGACCUGGAGGCCAGCGCUCUGCUCUCCGACACCUUUGAGGUCCUGAGCUGCAAGGAGAUCAAGCUCUCGGCCAUGAAAUCCAGGCCAGAGGAUGACAUUGAGCCGGACGAGGACCAGCUGGCCAUUGCCAACGCCGUCGUGCGGGUGGCCCAGAAGAAAAUGAUCUCGCAAGUGAGUAUAGCAGCUCCAAAGAGAGUCUGGGAAAGUCCUUGGGAGUGACACCACUGUGCUUUCCAUUAGCAACAUGCUAAAACUCUCUGUUGUUUUGAAUAAAGCAGCCCCAUCUCCACUGAAUCCAUCUCUACUCAAUCCAACCCCCCACAGGUUCAGAAGAGGAAUUUUAUUGAGAAUGUCAUUCCGAUCAUCACGUCGCUGAAGACCUCAUUGGAGGAGAACAGGCUUCCAGCUCUGAGAGAACUCAUGAACUAUCUCCGGGUAAUAUUUCAGGCCAGGGUCAUUUAGUUAAACCCAUGAUUCAGGGGCAACCCCCUGCCCUGGGCAUUCGCUGCGCCCAGUGCGUAUUGUUGCCCAGUCCUGGUUGCCACGUAUUGUGACAAGGCACAUGCUGCCUACUGUCCUGGGGUCUGAGCAGUAGAGAGGUGUGGGAGAUCAUGAUGGACUGGUUGGAGGUUGUGCGACUGAUAAGGAUGUCUACAGAGGAAGAGAGCCAGUUACUUCUCUGCCUGGACGCACACCGAGGAGCCUCUGGGGGCAUGUUUAAUGUUGCUGGGCUAAAUGAUCAGCAGUCAAAAUGCCACAAGUAGCAUCUCUCGAUAGGAUCUGGAGGCUCUUUCGGCCUGGCAGUGGCGCAAUUAAGCAUUUGCACCAGCCUGUUCUGGUGUCUUGAUAGACUGGAGGGGAGAAUGACCUGUGUCAUAGGUAACAGUGGCCAAAGAACAAUUGUUGGACAUUGAAGGUUGAGUGAGGAGCACAAGAUACACUUGGAGAUAAUGCCCUUCCUUAUGGAGCAAUGUCAGUCUUUACAUGUGUAUGCACGCACACACACCAGGACUUUGCUUCAGUUGCUUGUUCUCUACACUAGCCAAGUGCCAUCAUUGAUCUUCCCUGCUGCAGUAUGAUUGCCUGAGUAUCUUGGCCAGACAUUCUUUAAAUCAGAGGGUCAUUUCACCGCUUGGAGCUUUAAGAUCUUCACUUGAACAUCAGCAGAAAGCAUAGCUGAUGAAAUAAUACCCUUCCACGUCUGCAUCCCAAAGGAUUUACAAGCACACCCUUAAAAACAGCAAAAAUGUUUUGUAAAACAGUAGAACAACCAGGUAUAGAUUUUAAAAACAGCCCAUGACAAAUAUCUAAGGCAUCCAGUUUAACCACCACCGACUUCUCUGUUGCAUCUUCCAGGAGGUGAUGCAAGAUUAUCGAAAUGAAAUCAAAGAGUUCUUUGCCAUGGACAAGCAGCUGGCCGCUGAGCUGGAGUACGACAUGAGGAAGUAUGAGGAGCAGCUGAAAAUGGAGUCUGAGCAAGACCAGGAGCUGGCCAGAGAGGCAGGAUCCCUCCACGUCCUGGCAGUCGCGCAGGUACAAACUCCCACCCUCCCAAGCAGGGGCUUGUGAGGAUUGUGUUUGCUAGCCACAGCUAUGUGAGUCCUGUUUUUCCCAACAGGCUAGUCCACAACCCUCUUCCACUGUUGCCUGCUGGCGUACCCAGCUGCUGCUUUUUCAAGAUUUUGCGGUAGCAUGCCAAGGAGCAGCUGACGUCCUGAUGUCAGGAGAUUGACAGUUGGCUGGCCUCACUCAUCUGCUGAGUUUUGCACCCCAGAGGGAUGGGAGAUACACAGUUCCCCACCCCUGUGCUAGAUUACGUUGAAACCCCUCACUGGCUGUUCCUGUUUUCCAGCCUAGUCCUGUCCCCUCCUAUUGUCACCCCAAGCUGGCAGGGCAAAAGCUCCCAACUCUGCCACAAGUGACUUUAAGACAGUUUACACCCAACUUGAGUUUUCUGUUUGUAACACAGGAAUGAUGAGGGGGUUGGCAUCGCAGAGUUGGCGUGAGCCUAUUGACAGUAGCGUGAAGCCCUCCUUGCCCCUGAUUGACGCCAUAGUGGAAUUUAAGCACUGCUCCAUUUUCUCCUUUUUAAAUCAUAGUCUCCCACUUUGGAAAAAGAAGCACUUCCUGGUUAUCAAAAUGCAGGUGCUUCUGCAACUGCUGCAAGUGACUCCGCCUCGCCUUUGAGACCUCCUCCUUCUCCAGCAUCUGUUGGGUUUACUUCGCCCAGACCAGGCAUCCUGAAGGCCAGGUACGGGACUCUGUGGACUCAAGUUGGGCUGUCUGUACUUCUUCUGCUUUUCUGGGAUUCAGCAAAUCCUGAAUUUGAGUAUCUUCUGUGCAUCUUCGCAGACAACAUUUGUGUGCAGCUUGCCUUAUACACUUAGGCUUUUAUCGUGUGCUAAACUGUCACACUUUGUGCGAGAUGGUUGCUGCUAGCCUUAGGUUUGUCUACAUACCAUCAGGUUAUAAAUCAAGUGUAUCAAUGCACUGAACUGCAGGUUCAAAUUAAUCUUUUUCCAGAGGUCCAAUUAGCUGUCGCCUUGUGAUGCUCGGCAGAUGCUCUUCUAAAGCUUGCUUACUCUGCAGCGACCGGAACGCCAGCAACAUCUCUCUUCCUCCUUCCUAGGAACAGGUCCUUGAAUACCAUUGCCAUCCUCAACUCUGCUAAGAAGGUCGCAGAGGCUGCUUUCAGUCAGCGCAGCAGGAGCCUGGGCGGGAGACCCACAUCUCCAGGGAGCAGGCAGAACAGUAAAGGUGAGCCUUUCUUUAGCCGGUAGAGAUUCUGUCUCAGAACCACCUUCAAUGUACACACAGUUCCUGAUCCAGACUAACUAGAGGUGUCUUGCUGGGGAUAGUCACUGUCUCUAACACUCUUCUCCUUUUUCUUUUAGUGUCUUUGGCCAGUCUAAACCGACCAUCAUCUGGAACCAACGUUCCCCUGGAAGGUCGAGCAAUCAGUACCCCUGAGCGUAAGUUUCUGAAGAGGUGGUCUGUUAUGGAGGGGUGUGUGGAAGCAGCCCUACUUUGAGGGGAAUGUGGCAGGGCUGGCUUCGGGGGUCUCCUAGUCCCCUAGCCCUGCCAUUUCUGGUCAAGCAUAAAGAAAACGCAAAAGGAAAAUUGCAUUCCACUGCAACCUUGCAAAGAAAAGAAACCAAACCUGGCAAGUGCAACGGUAGAAAAUGGCAGAGUAUUACAAAUUCAGUGCACACAGUUCAUAACAACAAAGAGUCCAACCAGGCAGCCAAAUAGCUACUUUAAGAGAGUCAUGAAUCCCUUCCUACGAUGCGUCCACCAGUAACAGCUCAUGGUGAAUGAACACCAUUCUUUUCAUCUGUAGACUCCAACUCCCAUCAGGCUUGGCCAGUGGUGGCAUGAUGGGAGUUGUAGUCCAGCAGCAUCUGAAGGGACAGAUUUCUCCAUUCCUAGUAUAUGGUCUUUCUUUCUCAGUGGUCUGAAAUCCUGAUGUGCAUAUAUGUUUUUCUGUUCAAGUAUCUCAGCACUAAUCCUCAUGACCAUUUCUUGGUAGAUCAACCCAGCAUUAGACCUGCACUCAUUGGUACCUUCCCCAGCACAGUGUUUUGGCUUCAGGCUCCACUUCAAAAUUGUAUUCCAUCUUCCUAAAGGACAUUAGCUGAUAAAUGUGUGUUCACAUGUUGACAACUCUUCCUGAAUCCCCUUCUUCCCAAAUCAUACUGGGCAGAUGAGACAGCAAAGGGUAGUUCAGGCAAUUUUGUGGGUUGCCUGUCCCUAGUGACAGUCAGUCUGCAGGUUUUGGCUGGAAGGAAAGGAAGCUGCAAGUUUACAUUUAUUUUUGCAUUACCUGUAUUUUGUACCCUGAUCUUCCUAAUCAUGGCAGAAGAAGGAGCCAUGCAGGGCACUAAGUCAUGUCCCUGACCACUUGCAAUGCUAAUGGGCGCCAUUCUGAUUUGCAAGAUUUCACAUUUACUUAAGGCUUGAAAUUUACCUUUUGAAAGAAAAGAUGAACCACAGGAUGCUGGAUGCUGUGCCCAGAGACCCAAUUUUUUAUUCACAUACACAGGAUUGUGGAAUGAACACUUUUCUGACUGUACCUUAAGCAGUGGGUCAUAAAGUUUGUGUGUGUUGCUACAAGUUGUCCUAAACUGGUGGGCAUUCGCGUUUGCAUGUGUACCCCCCCCCCAAAAAAGGGGUGGGGGAAUAAAGGCAGCACUCUGUGAAACCAAAUCCUCAUGAAGCCUACAGGAGCCUGUGCCUUUAUUCUGGAAGGGCUCCAAUGCUCUGUGAUAGCUGCUGCUAUCUUCAGUCUAAAAGUGAUCUACAACAGGCCAGGGAAAGACCGUGCCCUGAGACCUUAGGUGACCAGGAGAGUGUCUCUUUUUCAAAGCCAUGCUGUGAUAUUCACAGCAAGCUGACUGCAGACAUCUGACCCUCUGUGCCAUCCUCUCCCCGACUUGGCUGAGUUGAUAGACUCAACAUUAACACCAGAUGUCCUUAACUUCCCGACGUCAGCUUUGCGCAAAGUCUUGGGAUGCCACAGCCGUGAAAACCAUGCCUUCCUUUCUGCCUGGGGGCUGGCACUGAUGCUCCAUUUAAGCAACAUAUGCUGGGGAGAGUGGGAGGGAGGGGACUGUUAAUCCCAUUGGGGGCCAAGGCUUAAAAUUCCAGCUUUGCUUCCUAGCAGUGACACAAGCUGUGUGUCACAUUAGUACUGCCUGAGCUGGCCAGGAUUGAGCUGUCAUCGCCCCACUGGCUCUGGGUCCCCCGGUCCUAAAAUGAGAAGGAAACUAUAUGGUCCAAAAAACAAUCAACAGACACAGAGAGAAACCUGAACAAAAACUCACUGUGUGUGCCAACCCACUGUUUCUUCAACAAAUCAUGACUUGAACAAACAAGCCACAGUUUGCUCUUGUGCCUCUUUGGGGUGGUGAGUACCUUGGGUGGAGUAUGCAAGCAAGCCAUGGUUAAACAAGUGUUUUUACUUUUGGGAGAACAGCAAGCCAUAGUUAGGCUAAACAAACCAUAGGUUUAUUUGUGAGCCAGGAUACUUAGUCCCUUAGGACAUAAUGCCAAGCCAUAGAUUGGUGUUACAUGUAUGAGCAGCUACAAGACUCCCAUCCUCCCUCUCCUGUUGUGUGCCACUAUUCUGAACCUGCUUCUGGGUUCUCUAGAAACUAAAGAGCUGCUUCUGCACGCAGUUUGGUGUGCAGUCAUUCCACUGAUUCAUCUAAUCAGAACUGGCUACACAGAUGGGCAGCAUCUCUCCAGAGUCUCUUGCGGCUAUCAACCAGGGCUUGAAUCCGGGAUAUUGUGCAGGCAAAGCAUGCGAAUAUGGUUCCUCCCCAAAACCUACCUACUGACUUACCCAAACAUUUUAUUAGCCUGCUUACACACACAAAUCUCCAUGAAGCCAUGAAUGGCAUAUCAGGAGCCUGAAAAAUGGAAGUUAAAGGAGAGGAGGUGAAUUUUCCAUAUUUCAAACUGUUUCCUUCCCUUACCCUGAGCAAUUAGGUGUUUGCAUACCUGGUUGAUUCCCCCAUCUUUGUUAUAGCAAUCUGAGGAGGUCUGGCUGCUAGGGAGGGGUUUAGUAUUGGCCACUCCCCCUUCUCGCAACACUCCUUUCAGUUCUUAAGUGUCCAGGUGAGCUUGUGCUAAACUUUGUGGUGUUUUUUCCCCAGAGACUAUUAACAACGUGACCUUUGGGUCAGGAGUCAGUUAUAUCCACCAAACCCAAACGCCAGCUUCAGAUGCAGGUAAGUGGCUGCUGUGCAUUAUUGUGGUUAGAUAGAAAGAAACGAAACACAGACAGAAAGAAAGAAAAAAACAAACCCAAGGCAUAUUAAUAUUUCUGCCAUUCCACUUGCAGGAGAUCAAGGAGCCCAGGAGCCACCAAGUCAGAUUAUCUGCUUGCCUUUACCAGAUUCGCCGUGAGUAUACUAGAUGCCUUGGAUGGGGCAGCUCUGCAAUCCCAAAAUCAGCUUGUGCCAAACAGUAGUUCUGCAUGUUUUUAUUGACUCUUCUUCCACAGAGCUCAGGGUGACACACAUAGUUCACACACACCCUCCUGCCGUUUUAUGUAUUAGUCUGAUAGAGUGAGUGCAACAGCCCCAAGGUCACCCAUUGAACUUUGCAUUUGAGCGGGGAUUCGAAGCUGGUCUCCCCCAGUUCUAGUUCUGCACUCCAACCAACACUUGUGCUCCUUGCAGUGGAGAUCACAGACAGAAUUCAUUCCCAGGCACCAGUGCUGUUUCUCCCUGGCAGAAACCAGCGGUAACUGCCCUCUUUGCAAAAUGACAGUGAUACAGUGUGUCUUGUGGUGCAGCCAGCAAAGAGUUAUUGAAUAGAGAAGAUGUCAAUGUGCUGUUCAUCGGAAAGCCACCCAAAUGACCUUUGUUUCAAAGCUUGCUGGUGGAAAAUAUCACUGUAAACUGCAGUUGGGAGACAGAUGUCAAGAGUGCUUCCCAUAACUCUCUUUUUAAAAAUAACUCUGUACACAAAAGUCUUGGAAAUAAGUAACUACUACAUGCCAUAUUUCAGAGCAAAACCCUCUCCAUCCGUCAAAUAGUGGUACCUCAGGUUACAUACGCUUCAGGUUACUGACUCCGCUAACCCAGAAAUAGUGCUUCAGGUUAAGAACUUUGCUUCAGGAUAAGAACAGAAAUCGUGCUCCGGCGGUGCAGCGGGAGCAGGAGGCCCCAUUAGCUAAAGUGGUGCUUCAGGUUAAGAACAGUUUCAGAUUAAGAACGGACCUCUGGAACGAAUUAAGUACUUAACCCGAGGUACCACUGUAGUAAGUUAGGAAGAAGUAUUCCAGGCCAGCCUUCUCUCUCUCAUUCUAGUUUUCAGCGAGUAGGGAUUUUGUUUACAUGAGCAGCAUUCAAGCGAUUUUCUAGAAAAAUAGCACUCGUCAUGCCCACUCAUUUCAAUUGGUCUGCUCUGGGUAGGACCAACAAUGGAUGCAAUCCUUGCUUUCCUCGUUGAACUAAAGCAGAUUCCCCAUUGUUUGGCGAGACCCCCGUUUUGUGCAGAUUUUGGCUGCAUGCUAAACUUGUGUUGCUUGUUGUAGUGCAGAAUGACUAAGCCAGGAAUGGAUAGCCUGUGUACUUUGAGAUGUUAAUUAAACUACAGCUCCCAUCAUCCUCUGUCCAUGUAGUCUGGCGUUAAUGGGAGCUGGAGUCUGAUGACAUGCAGAGGGCCACAGAUUGCCCAUCCCUGCUCUAAACACUAGUUUACUUAACCUAUUUUUCAAAACUAUUUUCCAUCUCAACUUGUAGGCUGCCGCAGCCUCAGCAAUGGAAGAUAAACUCUCCAAUGAGAAGCAACCCCUCAAGUGUAGGGCUGAGGAGGUCCAGCCGCAAGACUCCCAGGCUGUCAAGCAAAUGAUGGCCCUUGCCUUCUAUAGCCCCAGCUUGUAAAGAAGCAUGAUCAUGUUUUACGUCCUCUCUGCAAUGGCUUGAAGAGACUAUUUGAAGAUCACGGCUUGCUUUUGUAAUUGCUGUAUGAUAAAUGUCUAUUUUGAUACUGUUAAUAUUAGUAAUUCAUCACUGCACUGGUUGGGGCACACUCUGUAUAUAUUUGAGCUUGUAUAUACAUGUACUGGAAUAAUUUUAAAAAGUCAUUGAGGCAGUUGAAUCCAGGUCAGUGGGGCUGCACAUCUGAGUUGCUCCUGCCAAGGAACCAACAUGUACUGUCUCACAAAAAACCUUUCUUCAAACAUUUACCUUCACAGCUUUUAUCUCAUUUUACUUUCUGGACACGCACCUUUUGAGUAAUACCAGUGUUUAGUCAAAUGGGAAAGAGGCUUGGCUUCCAUGGACAAAUGCUUUGUCCAGAUCAGAUCAUCUACUGUAGGGAAAGCCUUUGCAAUUAUUUCCAUGGAAAGAAUGCAUGUGAACAGUGUCAUGCUGCAGUUGGACAUCCCUUAUUACAGAAUCCUUCCCCUCCAUGCACCCCACGAAAAAGCCAAAGAGCCACAGGAAGUUUCUAUACAUGAGCACUCCUUCUCCGCUGAGCUCCUUCUGCUCUCUUGAAAGUCCAAAUGUCAAGAAGUCAGGAGAAUCUGUGUUGUCCUCUGUUUAGAACUUGGAGCCCUAGCCAGCAAAGGGUGCAAGGAGAAAGGACCAAGGGCCACAGCCUUCUGGGAUUUGAGCAAAACUAGGUGCUUCAUUUCCAAAUUUGACCUACAGGGCUUUGAAGACUUGUGCCGAAGCCAUUCCCGGAGAAGAAACUUGGUGAGAGAGCUUUAUUCAAAUAAUCGCAGCAUGUGAAUAACUUUGUGUAUAUACAACCUUCCUGUUCUUAUCUUAAUAGAUUAUUUCUUGGUUUCCAGCCAAGUUCUUAACUUAGGCUUGGUUAUGAUUGUAUGCACAAUAAAUAAGAGCUAAGCUUACAUUUGAUUUGAUUG